GAACCCAUAUGACCGGACCCGUGUACCCUGUUUUUUUAGCAGUUUUGUUUGCCUCCAAAAACACGAUUGGGUUCCACAAUUUGGAUACGUCCCAGAAACUAGUUGAUAAACAGGCGAAAACCCUAAACUGAAAUCCCUAAAGCAAAAGAAAAUAUUGCAGUAGCAGUUGAGGUGUGAAGAUGUCGGGUAUGGGAGACGGGUAUGUGGGCACGGCCCAAGAUGCAGUUAGGAUCCGAAGGCUCGAAAAACAAAGAGAAGCAGAGAGAAAAAAGAUUCAAGAACUUAAAAACAAGUCUGCUACUACUAAAGGUCAAUCGGGUCUCCUUCAAUUUGGCUCUGGUACUUCCGAGAUUCUUGAGACUGCAUUUAAGAAGGAAACAGUGGGACUGGUUACAAGGGAGCAGUAUGUUGAGAAGAGAGUUAAUAUUCGUACUAAAAUUGAAGAAGAAGAGAAGGAAAAACUUCAAAAGCUUCAACAAGAAGAGGAGGAGAUUCAAAUGCAGAAAUUGAAAAAGCGAAAGAUAAGGGUGAAUCCUCGAUUAUCAUUUUCGGAUGACCUUGAGAAUGGAUGUGAAGAAGAAGACGGGGACAACAUACCUGCAGAUAAUAAGGAAUCAAACAACUUUGGACACAGAGGUUUUGGCAAAGAUCCCACAGUAGAAACUAGUUUCUUGCCAGACAGUGAGAGAGAGGCGGAGGAACAAGCAGAACGUGAAAGGCUAAGGAAACAGUGGCUUUGUGAACAAGAGCAUAUUAAAAAUGAACCUCUUCAAAUUACUUACAGCUACUAUGAUGGAGCUGGUCACCGCCGGGUGCUCCAGGUUCGGAAAGGUGAUUCCAUUGGUGAGUUCCUUCGGGCUGUGCAACAGCAACUUGCACCAGAAUUUCGAGAGAUUCGAACAGCUUCAGUAGAGAAUUUGCUUUAUGUGAAAGAAGACCUCAUUAUCCCCCAUCAACACAGUUUCUAUGAGCUGAUUGUUAACAAGGCAAGGGGGAAAAGUGGACCGCUUUUCCACUUUGAUGUACACGAAGACGUCAGAACAAUUGCUGAUGCAACCAUAGAGAAGGAUGAGUCACAUGCUGGCAAAGUUGUUGAGAGGCACUGGUAUGAAAAGAACAAGCACAUAUUCCCCGCCUCAAGAUGGGAGAUUUAUGAUCCAACUAAGAAGUGGGAGAGGUAUACCAUACACGGCGACUGAUUACUCGAUUGACAAAUAAUGAACAGUGUUUUGGAAGGGCUAAAGCCUUCUCUGUGUUUUUUGCAUGUUUAUUAAGUGACAGUUGUGCAAGUUAAAAUAGAGUUUCAAGAAACCUUAGCUAGCUUAUGAAGAUUGGGGUGUAUGCCUAUGACUAUGAGAUGCAUCUUUCAUACUUCUUUGUUUCAGUUUGACUUCUUUAUAUAUAAUGACCAUGGUUGUUA